GAAAGAAAGAUAAACGGAAGUAAUAUCAGUUGCCUGUUAAAACAUUCCAGUUCUCCCAUGGCUCUUCAAGCAGCGCUUUCACUUCCUUCUGCUAUUUCCAUCCACAAGGGGGGGAAGUCCAAUAUUUCUCUCAAGGACUCGGAUCUGUUUGGAGCUUCAAUAUCCAACCUUUUAAAAAAUGAAAUCAAGUGUCCUCUGAUUAGGAGCCAGGAAGUUGGAAAAAGGAAACUUCUUGUUGGGACCAUUAGAUCCCAAACAGCAACAACAACUCCAGCUAUCGACCAGGCUACACCAGAAGCAAAGAAGACUUUGAGAAAGGGCACUGUGAUAAUCACUGGAGCCUCCUCUGGACUGGGCCUGGCCACAGCAAAGGCUCUAGCUGAAACGGGGAAAUGGCACGUAAUUAUGGCAUGCAGGAAUUUCCUCAAGGCUGAGAGAGCUGCCAAAUCAGUCGGCAUUACCAAGGAAAACUAUUCUGUUAUGCAUCUUGAUCUUGCCUCCCUUGACAGUGUUCGGCAAUUUGUAGAUAACCUCCGUGGUUUGGCCAUGCCAAUUGAUGUUCUGGUUUGCAAUGCUGCUGUUUACCAACCCACAGCUAAGGAGCCAUCUUUCUCGGCUGAGGGGUUUGAACUGAGUGUGGGGACAAACCAUCUUGGGCACUUCCUCCUUGCUCGGCUUCUGCUUGACAACAUAAAGCAAUCAGAUUACCCAUUCAAGCGUCUCAUCAUUGUUGGCUCCAUUACAGGUAACACAAACACCUUGGCUGGGAAUGUACCACCAAAGGCAAACCUUGGAGAUCUAAGAGGUCUUGCAGGAGGCUUGAAUGGCAUAAACAGCUCGCCAAUGAUAGAUGGAGGAGAUUUCGAUGGUGCCAAGGCCUACAAAGACAGUAAAGUCUGCAACAUGCUCACCAUGCAAGAAUUCCAUAGGCGCUACCAUGAGGAGACAGGAAUCACCUUCGCUUCUCUCUACCCUGGUUGCAUUGCUACGACAGGCUUGUUUAGGGAGCAUAUUCCCCUGUUCAGGCUUCUAUUCCCACCUUUUCAGAAGUACAUUACCAAAGGCUAUGUUUCCGAAGAGGAGGCUGGGAAAAGACUUGCACAGGUAGUGAGCGAUCCAAGCCUGACAAAAUCAGGUGUUUACUGGAGCUGGAACAAGAAUUCAUCCUCAUUCGAAAACCAGCUUUCCAAAGAAGCCAGCGAUCGAGAGAAAGCACGUAAGCUGUGGGAGAUCAGUGAAAAGCUUGUUGGUUUGGCGUAAAUGGGCACCAAGAAAAAAGAAAUCCUGAAUACAGCUUGUCGGUUCUUCAAAUACGUAUCUUUGCUUUAAUGGACCUGGUUUGAAGUUGCAAGGUUAUGUUGAUGUUGAUGUAUCUGGUGAUAUUUAUAGCCGGAAGAGUACUAUAGGUUUUGUAUAUACUCUGGUGGUACUGUUGUGUCUUGGUGUUUAAACUUGCAAAAGACUGUUGCUCUAUCUACGACUGUUGUGUCUUGGAGUUCAAACUUUCCAAAGACUGUUGCUCUAUCUACCGUAGAAGUAGAGUAUGUUGUUGUAUCCGAAGCCUCAAAGGAGAUGAUUUGGUUACAAAAUUUUUUAGAGGAGUUGGGUAAGAAGAAUGAGAAGAGUACUCUUUAUAAUGAUAGUCA